AGUUUUCAGUUCAAUAAAAAUGAUGCUACAGCAAAAAAUGUUACAAAUUUUAAAUGGGCUAAAAAGUCCAAAUGAAAAUCAUAGAAACAAAGUUGCUCAAGAGUUGCAGCAUUUUUUCACAACUGAGCUAAGAGAAAUACCAGCAGAUCAGCUUAAUGAAUUAAUGGACAUGUUAACUCAUCAUAUAUGUGAAUUGGUUAACAGUACCAAUGUAAAUGAAAAGAAGGGUGGAAUAUUAGCAAUAGUUGGGCUUAUCAAUGCUGAUGGUAAUUCAAACCGUACAUCUCGAUUUGUCAAUUACUUAAGAAAUAUGCUACCAUGCAGUGAUGUAACAGUCAUGGAAAUGGUGGCAAAGACCGUUGGUAGGUUAUCACAAGUUGGUGGAACAUUUUCAUCAGAUUAUGUAGAGUUUGAAAUUAAGAAAGCUUUAGAAUGGCUUUAUGGAGAUCGGCAUGAAGGAAGAAGGCAUGCUGCUGUGCUUGUACUAAGAGAGCUAGCAAUAACAGCACCAACCUUUUUCUUCCAACAUGUCCAAUCGUUUUUUGAUUAUUUUUUCAAUGCUGUUCGUGAUCCUAAGCCACAAAUCCGUGAAGGAGCUGCAGAAGCUUUGCGAGCAUGUUUUGCAAUUAUAGCUCAACGAGAAACAAAGAAAAAUCACUAUACUCACUACUAUAAGCAAGUGUAUACUGAAGCAAUGAAAGGAAUAGAUGAUGGAGCUACUUCAAGGGAGCGUGGAAAUAUUUUAAGUAAAGAAGAUAAGGUUCAUGGUUCUUUACUUGUAUUACAGGAACUUAUUAGAAAUAGCAGUAUUGAAGGAGAGAGAUUAAGACAGCAAAUGGAAGAAGUGUAUGGAGAUAAAACCUCUCAAGAGAUAUAUAGUCGAGAUAUACCAUGGUCAAAAUCGUCUCGUUUUCUUUCUCACCAAGCUCAUCCAAUUCAACUCUCAUUUAUGCCACUAAAUGUUGGGCAUCAAAUUCCAUUAUCUCAAAGUCGGUACUGCAAAGAGUUCAUGGAAACUCACUUUGAUGAUGUUUGCAAUGCUGUCCUUAGCCAGAGAUCAUUUAAGAGUAGUCUUGUUCAACACACGUUGCUCACUUUCCUUCCUCAACUUGCUGCUUUUAAUUCUAAAUCAUUUAAGAAGACGUACUUCAAGACAACAAUUUCUCAUAUGAUCAAUGCUUUAAAAAAGGAUCGUGAAAAGUCUACAGCAUUUGAAGCUAUAGGGCUGCUAGCAUUGGCAUUAAAAAAUGAUAUAGCUACAGGCUUGCAAGAAUGGAAAAGUGUUCUUGAACAUAUCAAGCUUUUGUUAAUUAAUAAAGAGCCACUUAACAGACGACGAACAACACCCAUUGAUUCUAUGGUUUUUGCUUGUGUUAGUAUGACUGCGAGAGCUUUUGGUCAAAAACAUUUUGCCAAAGAAAUUCAAGAUAUCAUCAUACUAAUGCUUAGUGCUGGUUUAAGUCCUGCUUUGACUGCAUCACUCCAAGAAUUAGCUGAAGCAAUGCCAAUUAUGAAAAAACAAAUUCAAAAUGGUUUGGUAGCAUUGUUAACAAACAUUCUUGAACAAAGGCCUAUUCGUCAAACAGGUCUUCCAAAAAGUGCUGCAGCUACUACUACUGCAGUCUCUGGUACCACAAGUGCUGAUGAUGAUAUUGCUAUGACAACAUUAGCUCUGCGAACACUUGGAACAUUUGAUUUUGAAGGACUGGGAUUAGCGCGCUACAUUACUAGUUGUGCUGCUUUCUUAUUGAAUGAAAACAAAAGAAUCAGAAUUGAAGCAGUUCGUACAUGUUCAUAUCUAUUGGAACCUACAUUACAUCCUAUGGUAGUACCGAAUGUAUCAAUUUCUUAUCCUAUCAGUUCAGCAAACACCCAAGUUGUAAGUGAAGUUCUCAGUAAGCUGCUUACUGUUGGAAUAACUGAUCAAGAUCCAGACAUUCGCUUUUGUGUGCUUAAAUCAUUGGACCAAAAGUUUGAUUCUCACCUGGCUCAAGCUGAAAACUUGCAGGCAUUAUUUAUUGCAUUAAAUGAUGAAGAGUUUGAGAUUCGUGAACUUGCGCUUUGCAUGAUUGGCAGAUUAAGUAGUUACAAUCCAGCUUAUAUUAUGCCUUCUUUAAGAAGAACUCUUAUCCAAAUACUAACUGAACUUGAAUAUAGUGGUGUUGGAAGAAGUAGAGAGCAGAGUGCGAGAAUGCUUGCACACCUAGUUUCUAAUGCUCCCAGAUUGAUUCGACCAUACAUGGAGCCAAUUUUAAAGGCUCUAGUACCUAAAUUAAAAGAUAAAGAUCCAAACCCUGGUGUUGUAACUAGUAUUCUUGCUACUAUUGGGGAACUAGCACAGGUUGGUGGUUUUGAAAUGCGAAAGUAUAUAGAUGAGUUAUUUCCGGUUAUAAUUGAAAUGCUUCAAGAUGCUUCUUCCCUUGCAAAAAGAGAGGUCGCAUUAUGUACACUAGGACAACUAGUAGAAAGCACAGGAUAUGUUGUUGAGCCAUACAAGAAGUAUCCAAAUUUGCUUGAAGUUCUUCUGAACUUUCUUAAGACUGAACAGUCUCCUGGAGUCAGAAAAGAGGCAAUUAGAGUAUUGGGGUUGCUUGGUGCUUUAGAUCCAUAUAAGUAUAAACAGAUAACAAAUGCUAAAGAUGCUCUUACAAAAAAAGAUGAUGCAGAAAAUUCAGAAUCAAAUGCUAGUGAAAUGCUUGUUAAUAUGGGGAGUGCUCAGCUUGAUGACUUUUAUCCGGCCAUUGUUAUUGCUUCUAUGAUGCGAAUAAUGCGUGAUCCAGUGCUUGCAGCAUAUCAUCAUACUGCAAUUCAAGCUGUUCAUUUUAUAUUUAACAACAUGGGAAUGAAAGGUGUACAAUACUUACCACAAUUAAUGCCUUCUUAUUUAAAUGUCAUAAGGACCUGUGAGCCUGGCUUUCGUGAUUAUGUGUUACAAAUGUUGGGUCAACUAAUAUCAGUGGUAAAACAACAUAUCAGAAACUAUUUAGAUGAAAUUUUUAGUUUAAUACGAGAGUAUUGGGUUCUUACAAGUCAGGUAACAUUGCAAAAUACUUUCAUCGAUUUGAUAGUGCAGUUAUCUAUAGCUCUUGGUGGAGAGUUUAAAUUGUACUUGCCGCAAAUCCUUCCUCACAUGCUCAAAGUUUUUAAUAACGAUCAGAGUGAACAUCAAGUUGUCACCUGCAAGCUUCUUACAAGUAUUCAAAAAUUUGGUGAAAGUUUUGAUGAUUAUUUACAUUUGCUUAUACCCCCUGUUGUAAAACUGUUUGACUCUACAUCUGCUCAGCUAACUAAAGAAGUUCAAUUAGCUGCUCUAGAAACACUUGAAAAACUAUGCGAUUGUGCUGAUUUACGAGAGUUUUCAGCUCGAAUAAUUCAUCCAAUUAUUCGUGUGCUAGACAAUUUUCCUGAAUUACGCCCUGCUGCAAUGAAAACACUAGCAGCUAUUGCAUCUCAGAUGGGAAAGAGUUUUUCAAUUUUUGCUCCAGCUGUUAGCAAAGUUUUAUCAAGGCACAAGAUUAGUGACCUUAAUUAUGACUGCAUCAUUGCAAGAAUUAACAAAGGAUCUAUUGAUUAUGAAACUGAUCCAUUAUAUAAACGCAAACAUAACAAAUCAAACUUGCAAAAUGAUCAAACCCUUGUAGCUCCAAGUGAUGGCUUAAGAAAAAUGGUUGUAAAAGCCAAUUGUCUUCAAAAAGCAUGGACAUCAGUCUGUUGCAUAUCAAAAGAUGAUUGGAUUGAAUGGUUGCGUCGAUUUAGUCAAGAGCUAAUAAAAGAAUCGCCUUCUCCUGUACUACGCUCAUGUCAGCUGUUAGCACAACAAUAUAAUCCACUUGCUAGGGAUCUUUUCAAUGCUGCAUUUGUGUCUUGCUGGUCUGAACUCUCAGAAGAACAGCAAGAUGAACUUGUUGCAAGUUUAGAACAAGCAUUGAAGUCUCAAAACAUUCAACAGAUAACACAAACCCUUUUGAACUUAUCAGAGUUUAUGGAACAUUGUGAAAUAAAAGGGACAUUUUCUUUGAAUAUCGAGCUACUUGGUGAAUGUGCAACUAAUUGUAGAGCCUAUGCUAAGGCUCUUCAUUAUAAAGAAGAAGAAUUUCAGAAAGCAGUAACAACAGAAGUUCUUGAGUCCCUAAUCAGCAUCAACAAUAAAUUACAAAAUCCUGAAGCUGCUAAUGGAGUACUGCUUUAUGCAAUGCGCAAUUCUAAAGUUGAUUAUAAAGUGCAGCAGAGAUGGUUUGAGAAAUUGCAUGAUUGGGAGCAUGCAUUAGAGGCGUAUGAAAUUAAAAAUGAGCAAAAUCCUAACGAUGAUGACCUGCUUCUUGGUAGAAUGAGGUGCUUAGAAGCCCUUGGCAAAUGGAGAGAGUUAAACAAACUCGCCACUGAAAAGUGGCAAAGUGUAGAAGACAACAUCAGACAUAAAAUGGCAAGAACUGCAGCAUCAGCUGCAUGGGGCCUAGGUGAAUGGGAACAUAUGGAAGAAUACACAUGCAUGAUACCAAGAGAGAAACUAGAAGGUGCAUUUUUUCGAGCUGUAUUAGCAUUACAUAAAGAUCAAUAUGACCGUGCACAAAGUUGCAUUGACAGUGCAAGGGAUAUGCUUGACACAGAAUUAACAGCCAUGGUUGGAGAAUCUUAUAAUCGAGCUUAUGGAUCUAUGGUAACUGUUCAAAUGUUGUCUGAACUUGAGGAGGUCAUUACUUAUAAAUUGUGUGCAGAGCGCAGAGAAGCUAUUCGUCAAGCAUGGUGGGAUCGUUUGCAAGGAUGUCAGCCAGUAGUAGAAGAUUGGCAGCGAAUACUGCAAGUUCAUUCACUUGUGCUUAAACCACAAGAUAAUCAAAAGACAUGGUUAAAGUAUGCAAGCUUGUGCAGGAAAUCAGGGCAGCUGGCACUGUCUUAUCAAACAUUGAUUACCUUGCUGGGUACUGAUCCUUCACUUUCACCUGACCAACCCAUUCCAUCUAAUUUUCCUAAAGUCACAUUUGCAUACAUGAAACAUUUGUGGAAAAGUGGCCAAAGAGAUAGUGCAUUUUUCAAUCUCCAACACUUUGUACGAAACACACUUCGUCCUAAGGCAUAUCAAGUAUCACCAUCAGAAGAAAAUGAAAAUAGUCAAGCACUUGUGUGUUUACUUGCCAAAUGUCACUUAAAACUCGGGGAGUGGAUGACAGUUAUUCAAGGUAUUAACUCUACAACAAUUACACCAAUUCUUCAAUAUUAUGCUGCAGCUACUGAAAAUGCCAGCAAGUGGUAUAAAGCAUGGCACUCAUGGGCUUUAAUGAAUUAUGAAAGUGUUUUAUAUUAUAAAAAUAGUCAACCCCUUUCUGCAUCACAAUUUUCUCCUCCUGGUUCACCACGAAAGACUACUGAUCCAUCUGUUCAAAACUACAUUGUUCCAGCUGUUGAAGGGUUUUUUCGUUCUAUUGCUUUAUUUAUGGGAAACUCUUUGCAAGACACCCUCAGAUUGCUUACUCUAUGGUUUGAGUUUGGUCAUUGGCCAGAUGUUCAUGAAGCUUUAGUAAAUGGUAUAAAAACAAUUCACAUUGAUAAUUGGUUGCAGGUGAUACCUCAAUUAAUAGCUAGAAUAGAUUCGCCUCGUCAGUUAAUCAGCCGACUUAUUCAUCAACUUCUAUCAGAUGUUGGAAAGCAACAUCCUCAGGCAUUAAUAUACCCAUUGACUGUUGCAUCAAAAUCCCCAAAUGCUGAUCGGCACAAUGCAGCAAAUCAAAUCCUACAAAAUCUAUGCGAACACAGCUCUGCACUUGUGCAGCAGGCAAUGAUGGUUAGUGAAGAGCUUAUUAGAGUUGCUAUUUUAUGGCAUGAGUUGUGGUAUGAGGGCCUUGAGGAAGCAUCAAGACUUUAUUUUGGAGAGAGAAAUGUGAAGGGGAUGUUUGGUGUUCUUGAACCACUUCAUAUGAUGAUGGAGAGAGGACCACAAACACAUAAUGAAACUUCAUUCCAGCAGGCUUAUGGUCGUGAUUUAAUGGAGGCUCUAGAAUGGUGUCGAAAUUAUCAAAAAACUAAUAAUGAUAAAGACUUGACUCAAGCUUGGGAUCUUUAUUAUCAUGUUUUUAGGCGAAUCUCAAAACAACUCCCUCAGUUGACUUCUUUAGAACUGCAGUAUGUAUCUCCUAAACUUUUGAACUGUAUAGAUCUAGAAUUGGCUAUGCCAGGUACUUAUGAACCAGAUAAACCAAUCACACGCAUAAAAAAUAUUAGUACUACAUUAAAUGUUAUUACAUCAAAACAACGUCCUCGUAAGUUGACCAUCACAGGCAGCAAUGGUGCAGUAUUUAUGUUUGUGCUGAAAGGACAUGAAGAUUUAAGACAAGAUGAGAGGGUUAUGCAGUUGUUUGGAUUAGUUAAUACUCUCCUUUCAAAUGAUUCUGUUACAUUUAAAAGGCAUUUAAGUAUUCAACGUUAUGCUGUGAUCCCGUUGUCUACAAACUCUGGUCUAAUUGGAUGGGUUCCAUAUUGUGAUACACUUCACACUUUAAUUCGUGAUUAUCGAGAGAAGAAAAAAAUUCUUUUAAAUAUUGAGCAUCGAAUUAUGUUACGAAUGGCUCCAGAUUAUGAACACCUGUCAUUGAUGGAGAAAGUGGAAGUUUUUGAGCAUGCAUUAAGCAACACUCAAGGAGACGACUUAGCAAAAAUACUUUGGUUGAAAAGUCCAAGUUCAGAGGUUUGGUUUGAUCGUCGCACUAAUUAUACUAGAUCGUUAGCUGUAAUGUCAAUGGUUGGAUAUAUAUUAGGUCUCGGUGACAGGCAUCCUUCAAAUUUAAUGUUGGAUAGAAUGUCUGGUAAAAUUCUACACAUUGAUUUUGGCGACUGUUUUGAAGUGGCCAUGACUCGAGAGAAAUUUCCUGAGAAAGUUCACUUUAGGUUGACAAGAAUGUUGAUAAAUGCAAUGGAGGUGACAGGAAUCGAUGGAAAUUAUAAAAUGACAUGCGAGAGUGUCAUGAAAGUCCUUCAUGAGAAUAAGGACAGCUUGAUGGCAGUGUUGGAAGCAUUUGUUUAUGAUCCUUUGCUUAAUUGGAAACUGAUUGACACUCCUAAAGAAAAAAGAUCACAAGGUAGAACUGGUGAGGGUUACAGCACACAAAACAAAGAAUUUCAAGAAAGUUUUGAUCACACCCACGAUCGACCCCGUGGUAACAAAGCAGCUGCCGCCGAACAACCUUUACAAAAUUUAGAAGAUGGAGCGAAACCUGAGGCUGUUAAUAAGCGAGCCUUACAGAUCAUCAAUCGAGUUAGAGAUAAGCUUACUGGUCGAGAUUUUAAUAACAAUGAGGCCAUAGAAGUCGAAAAACAGGUCGACGCUUUAAUUCUUCAAGCUACUUCACAUGCGAAUCUAUGCCAAGCUUACAUUGGGUGGUGUCCGUUUUGGUAAGACGAUGCUUUCAUGGUGGAAGAUAUAGACGUUAAUAAUAUUUUAUAUUUUUUAUAUAUUUUUGUAUAUAUUUUUGUUAUUUUAUUAUACCUAUAUUUGAUUUGAUGAAGAAAUAGAUAUUAGCUAAAAUGUAAAUAAGAA